GAUUCCGUCUUCGAAGUGAAGGCCACAGCCGGCGAUCCUCAUUUGGGUGGCGAGGAUUUCGAUAACCGGAUCCUCAGCCACUGCAUUGCGGACUUCCGAAGGAAGUUUGGAGCUGACCCGACGCGCAACCAACGCGCACUCCGUCGGCUGCGCACGCAGUGCGAGAGGGCGAAGAGGCAGCUGUCAACACAGACGUCCGUGACCAUCGAGGUAGACUCCCUGCACGAUGGCAACGACUUCAGCCUUCGACUCUCCCGCGCCAAGUUCGAAGAGCUUUGUUUGGAUUACUUCAAGAAGGCGAUGGAGCCUGUGGAGCAGUGCCUCAAGGACAGCAACCUACCACAGAAGGCGAUCUCGGACAUCGUCAUGGUGGGAGGCUCUACGCGCAUCCCAAAAGUACAAGAGCUCAUCAAAGGACACUUUGGUGGAAAGGAGCUCUGCAAGAGCAUCAACCCGGAUGAGGCCGUGGCUUAUGGGGCAGCAGUGCAAGCGGCCAUUGUCUCCGGCCAGGGGCACGAGGAUGUGCAGAACAUGCUCUUACUGGACGUGGCCCCUUUAUCUCUUGGCAUCGAAACGGCAGGAGGCAUGAUGCAGGUGCUGAUCGAGAGGAACAGCACGGUGCCCACGAGCAAAAGCCAAGACUUCACAACCUUCGAGGAUUAUCAGGACCAUGUUGACAUCUCCGUCUACGAAGGAGAACGUGCCAUGGUCAAGGACAACAACUUUCUGGGAAAAUUCACCCUGAAGGACAUCCCGAAGUCCUUGCGUGGAGUCCCGAAGAUCCAGGUAACCUUCACCAUUGAUACCAACGGCAUUCUCCAGGUCAGUGCCGAGGAUGCGAAGUCCCACAAGAAGAGCGAGAUCCAGAUCGCGAACGAAAAGGGCCGUCUCACUCAGAAUGACAUCCAGAGGAUGCUCGUAGAGGCUGAGCAGCACAAAGGCGAGGAUGAGAUUUCUCGUAGCGACCUCUUGGCAAAGGAGGAGUUGAAGGUCUACAUGCAACGCUUCGAGAAGGGCUUCCAGGACCUGGAUGAGUCCAAGCUGCUUCCGAAAGAUCGUGAGCGGCUUGAAGGCAAGCUCACGGACGCGCAGAAGUGGCUGGAGACAGAGGGGCUCAAGGCCGGCAAGCCGGAGUUUGAGGCGAAGCAGAAGGAGCUCCAGGCGGCGAUCAACACCGUCAUGCUGCGGAUCAACAGGGCCCAGGCUGAAUUCUGGGACCAACAGGUUGUGCAGCAUGAGGGUGAGAAGAGCAUUGCCGACGGGGGCUUCAUCCUCCAGUGCGGCGUGGACAUCCGUGACCUGAUUGAGGAUCCUCAGUGA